CUUCUUAUAAGUUAAUCGUCAUCGUUCGGCGCUUGACGGUUAUUGUGCCAGGGCAUCUAUAGCGCAUAUUCCAGAUAUAGAAGAAAAGUACUUUGAAUGGAAACAACUGACACUGUGAACGAAAAAAGUAUGGAUGGUGAGAAGUGGUCUGAUGUUAUGAAACAAGAACAAAGGGAUCGUCGUUCACGAUCUCCCAUUGAAAAGAAUGCAAAAUCAAAUAGAAGUAGGGAUUCAAGUACAAAUAGAAAUUCCCGACAGACUAGAAAUAAUAGAUCACGGUCACCUCGAGGAAGAAGAACUAGAGCACCUACAAAUCGAAGAAUAUAUGUUGCUAAUAUUCCAUAUGAUUGCAAAUGGACAACGAUUAAAGAUCUGUUUAGAGAAAAAGUUGGUGAUGUCUCUUAUGUGGAACUUUUUGAAGAUGAGAAUGGAAAAUUUAGAGGAUGUGGCAUUGUGGAAUUCAAAGAUUCUUCUUCUGUACAAAAAGCUGUUGACACGUUACAUAGGUUUGAAUUCAAAGGUCGGCAGUUGGUUGUAAAAGAGGAUUUUGAUGUUGACCGAGAUAAGACUGGAAAGCCACUUGGUCGAAUUCGUGGUGGUGGUGGCACUGGUGGAGGAGGAGUUGGUGGCAUGGGAGUGAAUCUUGAAAGAGAUCGUGAUGACUAUGGUGGUUUGGGUAAUCUUGGUAACAACAGUGCUCCACAGUAUAACACGUAUGGAUUGAGUCCACAAUUCCUGGAUGCUUUGGGAAUCACUGGCCCCUUGACAAGCAGAGUAUUUGUUGCCAAUUUGGAUUAUAAAGUAACUCCUCAGAAAUUAGAGGAAGUUUUCAAGCUUGCUGGUAGAGUUGUGAAAAUUGACUUAAAAAGAGAUGAAGAUGGUAAUAGUAAAGGACAUGGAACAAUUGAAAUGGGACACCCUGUUGAAGCUGUGCAGGCAAUAUCUAUGUUUAAUGGACAAAAGUUCUAUAAUAGAACUAUGAGUGUUAGAAUGGACAAAAAACACCAAGAAGAUCCUGAAGAUAAACGAUUACCUGAAGGUCUUCAAAGUGUUGGAAAAGGACUUGGAGCAAAUGGUCUUCCUCUGCAUUUAUCAAAUUCUACUGGUCUAAAUAACUUGGCACCCACUGGAAUAGCUCCUGUUGCUGGCCUUGGAGGUGUUGGAACCAACAAUCUUGGCCUUGUUUCCAAUCAAAUAACACCUGCUGUUGUUGGUGGUAAUGCUGCGGGCAUUCCAGGUCUCUCUGGUAUUGGGAUGGGCCUUCAAGAACGAAAUUUCUCCAAUCUUGGUGCUGGUGUUGGGCAAGGGUUGGGACUUGGUACCACAGGCACUGCUGGUCUUGGUAAUCCUAGUCUUAUUCCUGGAGGCCUUGGUGGUGUCUCCAAUAAUGCUGCUGGUUUAGCAGGUGGUGGUUUGGGCAGUGGCUUAGGAUCAACAUUAACAGGUGGUCUAGGAUUAGGAGGUCUUGGAGCUAAUUCUGUAGGUGGAGCUGGUGGAUUGGGAUACAAUGAUUAUGAUAGAUCUUUUGACAGGGUUGAUGAUGGAUAUCGCAACAAUCGUAAACCUAUGAAGUGGUCUGAUACUAUUGUUGUGAGAAAUCUUCCUUUAACUUAUACUUGGGAAAAUGUUAGAGACAGAUUCCGAGACUUUGGAGAUGUACAAAGUACUCAAAUGAAAGGACGUGGUGUUGCACAUAUUAGGUUUUCUUCAGAAACUGAGGCUGCUCGGGCUUAUGAUCGUAUGCAGGGUACCCGUAUUUUUGGUCGACUUCUUGAUGUGUCUUUGUAUUAAUUUUGAUUUUUUCAUCUUUGUCUGCAUUUUCAUCUUCAUUUAAGCUUUUUCAACUUUCAUAUUUUCUAAAUUUCUAAAGAAGAACUGGCUUCAAGAUUUUUUUUUUCUCCUCUUCCAAAGAACUUGUAUCCUGUUUUUACAAGCAUCAAAAGAUUGACGUGAUGAUUUUAUGUUUACGAUUAAUUCUACUGAAGCAUAAGUUAUGGUCUGAGUUCAAUUAAAAAUCCUUUCAUCACGAAGAAUGAUUUUACAAUUUCCUGAAUUGACUUAGGUGUUCAAAUUUUUAAUAUCCUCAUGUUUAAAGUUUUUAGGUCUGUUUCAGAUGAUGUUCCAAGAUUUAUCACCUUGUUUUUCAAGUUAGAUGUUAUUAUUAUUUAUUAUUAUUUUUGAAUGAUCAUAUUGACUUCAUCCAUGACGAAAGGAAUAGGUGUAUCUUCCCCUUCAACACUGGUAAUUUAGCAUUCCAUAUUGUAAUUUCAGCCAUGAUGUAGAAAAUUGUAAUGACUGCAAUAUUCCUCCUUGUGUUCAAUAAAAUAUAUUCAUUUUUCUCAUGGUUCAGUUUUGUUUUUGAUUUGAUUUUUGAUGCACUUAGUUUCCUCAAUAAAUGAGGUAUCUAUUUCUUUUUCAAAUGAUUUGCGUAGGAUCAUGUGAUUCUUUAUUGAAUUUUUUUUUUUCAGUUGCAUUUCCUUUGUCUAAGCAUGUCAUUUUUUACAAAUGUUUUUCUUAAAUAUUGAUUUUUAUAAGUUCUAAUUUCAUUUGAAAAAGAAUAGAUAAACUAUUAUUACAGGUACUCUUUUCCAUUUUGAAAAGGUGUUUCUUUUAACAGUCACAAAAUUCAUUCUCAUAUCAUUGGAAAUAACUUGUCUUUUAUAUAGAAAGAUUUGACUGAUUGUUAUAGUCCUUUUCAAACAAAAUGUUUUUGUUCAAGAAAGAAAGCAGUUUAAGAUUAUAUUGAAAAAUUAUUUUUUAAUCAAUUAAGUAUCUUGAACACAAUAAAUUUUGUUGUUGGUUAUUAAUCUUGCAAAUUUUUUAUCAACUUUGUCUUAAGAAAAAACUAGAAUCCCAGUCUUGCCUUUCUUCCAAUGAUGUUUGUAGUGUAUAUUCUAGAUAAUUCUGUAUAUUUUCUCAAAUUACAUUCUUCAAACUUGUAAAAAUUGCUUUGAAUUUUUAAUUUUGAAAUUGGUGUUGGAGGUUAAAUUUUGUUACGGUAUUAUAAAGGAAAGUAAAAUUUGGUAAUUGGAAGCUGCUUGCUAAAGUAAAUAGAUUGAAUUUUCAUUUAAAUUCUUUUGGUGUGUAUUAGUAUUUUCAUAAUUAUUUUAAAAUUCUUUUUGAGUUUUAUCCUUUUUCAGUUUUGAUAAUUAUUUAGUAUUCUAAAUUCAGUCGAUAAUUCAUCUUGCUAUUCAUGAGAAAAUUGCAAAUUUUUCAAGGUAUUCAUUUAAUUUCUAUUAUGAUUCAUUUUAUGAACUAGCGAGUUUAGAAAUAAAAAUUAACAAAUUUAAUGUCCUGAUUUAAAAUUUUUAUUACAAGUUAUAGAUUUCAAUGUCAAAAAUGUCUAUUGGUCCAGAAUGAUUUUUCUUCAUUAUUUCAACCAAGAAUUUUUUUUAAAGUAUAUUUUUUAUAUUCAACUUGUAACAUUCUUAUUGUCUUUAAUUUCUGAGCAUCAAAUUAUUACAUUCUUUUAAAGCUAUUCAAAAAUAAUUUUUUCGUCCUUCAUUAAAUUCAUAUUGCAUCUUUCAGAUGAAAUUUCUCUAAGCACCAAAUCUUAUAUACAUCAUCUUGGUAUUUUCUAGCAACUUUGUAGUUUUCACUUUGUAUGCUGUUUUGUGUGUGAAACUUUAGCUAAUACAGUUUUGUAAAUAUUUCUUUGUUACAAAUGCUGGAGAUUGACUUUAGUAAAAAUUAUAAAUAUUGAAGAACCUUGUAAAGAUUAUUAUCAUAGAUGCUGUAAUUAAGAGGGGAUUACAUUUGAUUUCAUGAUAUAGUCCAUUUUAAAUUAGGAAGAUUUCUGUUUCUCAUCAUCUUUUUAGUAAAAAUAUGGAUUUUAUAAAAUUGUUUCAUAUUUUUCACUAUUGUUCUAAUUUACUGUUGAUUCAUAUACUUUAGAUUCAACCUUGUUAAAUUGGGGGGAAAACACUUUUAAUAUGUGAAAUCUUUUUAGUCCUAUUGAUGUGUGCCUAUAAAUUAAAGAUGCUGUAAAGUCAAUCUCCAGUAAUUUUGAUUCCAUAUAUUCAUUUCUCAUUAUUGCUCUGAUUAUAAUGUAUUGGGAUAUUCCCAAAUAGCAGUAACUCCACAUUUCUAAAGUCUUGAUUUGCAUUUUUGUACUUAUAUCUGUGUCUUGAAAUAAAUGGUGUAUGGAAACUUA